AUGCCUGGAGAUAACGACGACAGGGCACCAAAACGCCGGAAGCGAGUCAUAACUCCGGCGCGGAAAGAACAGAACCGGGUCGCCCAACGGGUAUAUCGGCAACGGCAAAAAGAACGUCUGCAGCGAGAAAAGCAUAUCGCUGGACCAUCUUGCACAUCCAGAGUCCUACAGCCAGCCCCAGCUGUAAAACAUAUGCAGGCAGAAACUGUGGAUUCAAUCGACUGUUGUACGGGAGAUGUUCCCGUAGUGCAUCCAGACACUCGAGAGAGGCAAUGCUUAGCACCGAUAAAGUUAACUCUGGAUCAUUUAUUUCCUUCGGAGAGCGCUCGUGAUACACAUAAUGGAGAUGCACAAUCUCAGCGCAUUAAGGAGCAUACUUCGAAUGAGAACACACCGCCAUCAAGUUCCACGGAGAUAAUGUUACCUGACCCGUACCAGAACACUCUCGAAUCAACACAUACUAUGCUUCUCCGCGCAUGCCUUCACAAUGCCCAAUGCCUUGGAAUCAGCAUCAAGCAAUUCUUCAGCUAUGAGUGUAUGUCUCUUUGUUCACCAUUCUAUCGACCCAACACUACCAUGUCGGAUGACCCUCACGCCCUCAUCAAGAACGUUUCGAGUCCAUCUACCCCUGCGCAUCUCCAACCAACCUUGCCUCAGAUCCUCUUUCCGCAUCAUCCACUCUUGGAUCUACUGCCACUGCCUUCAUUAAGAGCCAGAGCGGUCAUGUUAGCUGCUACGGCACCCACCUUGAUGGAUGCUGGAGAGCUCAAGAGAGAUAUCGUGGAAAAGGGUGGUAUUAUCUGCCAAGGAGAACAGCCCUGGGAGAUGCGCAGUUGGGUGGCUGCGCCAUGGUUCUUAAAGAAAUGGAGGUUGCUAAUAGGCAAUUGCUAA